AAUUUGACAACUCGGAACUCAAAUUCCCAUUUAUUUCUUCACCUCGUUGUUUGACUAAUUUUUAUCUCAACAAACAUUCUGCAAAAAUGACCGAAAACACAGAAAUAAAUGGCACCGAUGAUGUCCAGGACAAAAAACAAAAGAAAGCAACACGCCACGAUGGCGGAGCAGCUGAUCUGGAACGAGUAACAGACUAUGCCGAAGAAAAAGAAAUCUCUGCCGCAGACAUCUCCAGCGCUGUUGAACAAUUCGGUGAUAAACGCAUCAAAGAAGAUGAGGAAAAAUUAGCUAAAGAACGAGAAUUGCAGAAGGUUCAAGUCAAAAAAGAAGAUAUCGAACUUAUUAUGAAUGAAAUGCUCAUAUCGAAACAACAAGCAGAAAAGGUUUUAAGAGAACAGCGAGGUGAUGUUGUUGCCGCGUUAGAAAUCCUAAUAGCCAACUAAAAACAACCAAAAACAAAAAUAAACAUACCUAUUAAGAUUUUUUUUAAGAAAUCUUGUUAAAAUAUUUUAAAUUUUACAAGGGAAAAAAAAUAUAAAAAAGUAUACAUACAAAACUAAA